UUCACGUGACGCUCCGGAAGAAAGGACGUGCCAUUGCUCUAAACUCAUUUCCCUGUUUCUCGUGGUUUCCUUGCGUCUCUCCAUGCUUCCCUGGUGGGAGGGACUAAACGCAGGGAAACGACGCAAGUGAGGGGCGCAAGGAUUCCAUUUAAUCGACCUGAGAAGGACCCCGGGUCUAUGCGUCAUUUCCCUCUGUAGUUGAGGUGUGUUGAUCGGUGGCCGCCAGGGGGAGCCUGUGUGAACACAGCAGCAGACAGACAGAGCGUAGAAGAAGAAGAAAACCGGAAGUAAACAUGGCCCAGGAGAAGAGCAUGGCGGCGAUCCCAGAGUUCCUCAGUAAAGCAGAGUUACUUAAACAGGGAGCAGAAGCCAGAGUGUACCGGGCAAGGUUCCUGGGAAGGCCGACUAUUGUUAAGGAAAGGUUCCGGAAACAGUACAGACACCCGCUGCUGGACGAGAAGCUGACCCACCGCAGGACGGUGCAGGAGGUCCGCUCCGUGCUGCGGUGCCGCCGAGCAGGCAUAUCUGUCCCGGUAGUCUAUUUUGUGGACUACACAUCCCACAGUAUUUUCUUGGAGGAGAUUGUGGGCUCCUCGACUGUGCGGGACCACAUCGCCUCCUCCCCCCCGUCUGCUCGCUGUGAGGGUCUGGAGCCGCUGGCUGAGAGGGUGGGGCAGGUCCUGGCCAGAAUGCACGACGAGGAUGUCAUCCACGGAGACCUGACCACCUCCAACAUGCUGCUGAGAUGCGGUCCGGAGGACAAGGUGUCAGAGCUGUUCCUCAUCGACUUCGGCCUGAGCUACAUCUCCGCUCUGCCCGAGGAUAAGGGGGUGGACCUGUACGUGCUGGAGAAAGCCUUCCUCAGUACCCACCCCCACACAGAGGCGCUGUUCCAGAGGCUGCUGAAGAGCUACGCUGCGGCAUCCAAGAAGUCCUCAGCGGUCAUUAAAAAGCUUGAGGAAGUCCGGUUGAGAGGGAGGAAGAGGUCCAUGGUGGGGUGAAGAUCCGUGCUGUGUUCAGGGCCUCUGGAGAUCAUGUUUAUACAAAUCAGUUAUAGUUACAAAGCUUUCAUUGUGCAGAAAAUAUCCAACAUAAAAUAAAAAAAUAUUGUGAAUAAAAU